UUAUAGAUGAAGAAAUGACAAAUCGAAAUAUAUGUAUUGGUAUGCUCAAGUCCGAUGUAGUUACAAAGGAUCCAUUGUUUCUGGUCAAGGAUGAAUUAUUUGAACCUGUAUUGAUGAGAAUGGAAGGAUAUCGACAAAAUAAUUAUUCGUUUACCAUAACAAGCAAGAAGAAUCCUACUAAAUUUUACGGUUGGGUUCCUUUUGAUGAUACCAGUAUUCUUGGACCCAUUGCUGAAAGACAAAUGGUGUGGUGGGACACAGUGAUUCCAAGGAAUAAGGCCAAUAUGACUCGUACACCUUUAUACAUCAUUUUAUACUGUCGACCGAAUGUAUAUGAUAAAUUAUGUCAAUACCUCUUCAAAUGGAAAUUAGAUUUACAAGAUCCACCUUUUUUCAAUCCAGCCUGUCGGUAUAGCAAUCCCAAAUUUAGCAAAAACAAUCUUAUUCCACAACAAGAACAACAGCGAGAGUCGUUUACCACUACUGGAACAAUGUAUCAUAGUAAUAGCAGCAACAACAAUGAUAGUAAUUCUUAUUUGGGUCAAGCGAAACGGGGAAUCACUCAAUUAUUGGAAUCCAUACCAAGUCAUCGACAAGGCGACAAGGGUAAUAGACCAAUUGUGAUUAAUGAUGAAGAAGGUGACGCGACGUACAAGGACGAUAAUGAUGAACCACAAAAUGAAAUAAAAGAGGAUGAUUUGAAUAUGAAGGGAUUAACAAUCACAUUACUACCACAUCAAUUGGAAGGUAUUAGGUGGAUGAUGGAUAGAGAAGAAAACGAAUCAAGUUCUGGUGGCAUCUUGGCUGAUGAUAUGGGAUUGGGAAAAACAAUACAAACAAUAGGAUUGGUGACAAGUACAUUGGAAAAUACAGAAAAACGGGAAAACAAGACAUUGAUUGUAGCACCUUUGGCAUUGAUUCAACAAUGGGCAAGGGAAUUUGAAAUGAAAACAACUCCUGGUAAUAUCAAGGUACUCAUUCAUCAUGGUGGCGAUCGAACUAAAAAUCACAGGGAUUUUGAUGAUUAUGAUGUGGUGGUGACAACUUAUCAAAUUGUGGCUUCUGAUCUUGAAUUAUCUGGUACUGGGAAGAAACGGGGAAGACAACAACAACAACAACAACAACCAAUAGUCAUCGGAGAGGAUGCGUCCAUGAUAGAAACUAUAGAUGAUGGGACGAAUUUUGAAAGUGAUGUCAGUGCUUCCAGUAGUCGGUUGGCAUCUCCAGCUCCUUCAUCAUCCGCUGGACAGCAACAAAGGUAUUCUGAAGAUGAUGAUGAUAAGGACAAUAAAGUCUCAACUCUUGAUUGCGGUCCACUUUUUCAAGUUCAAUGGUAUCGCGUUGUAUUGGAUGAAGCUCAACAGAUCAAGAAUCACAAGACCAGGUCAUCCAUUGCUUGCAGCAAGUUGAUAUCCAGCAAAAGAUGGUGCUUGACGGGAACUCCUAUUCAAAAUCGUGUGGAUGAACUUUAUAGUUUGUUACGAUUUCUACGGAUUCAACCCCUUUGUGAACUGGCAACAUUUCGACAUACGAUCUCGGGACCUAUUCAAAGCGGUAAAGUGGAUAUUGCUCUAGGACGAUUGAAAGCGAUUUUGAUGGUGAUCAUGUUAAGACGAACAAAACAAAUCUUGAAUGCGACUUCGUCAGCUUCUUCUUCAUCUUCUCCAAAGGUACCUACAUCGUCCUCUUCUGCAUCUUCUCCACCACCUACAACAACAACCAACAGCUCUGGAUCAUCUACGCCUACUGAAACAUCAUCGUCUUUGGUGUUUGGACUUCCUUGCCGACAGAAAGAAGAUAUAUUAUUGGAAUUCUCAUCAAAUGAACGUGCUUUAUAUGAUGUAUUAAUUAGAAAGACAAAAUCAACAGUGGAAAGAUUAGUUCAAAGUGGAAAAGGUACUCGGAAUUAUAUGAAUAUGCUUUGUAUGUUACUAAGAUUACGUCAAGCAUGUAAUCACCCCGAUCUUGUUUUAAGAUCACUUUCGAAUGAUGAAGAUAUCAUGGCAUUUGCUUCAGCUGAAAAUUCGAGUACAACAACAUCAUCAUCCAAACGGGAAACAAGUGAAGCAGCUAUGCAACGUUUACUGAUGGCACAAAUGGCAGCGGACCUUGGAUGGUCAGGUGUAGGUCAAGUAGGUCAAUCUGUAUUUGAUAAAAGUUCUUCGAAACAUCAAUGUGAACUAUGUGGAAGACCAGUGAUUGUUAUGGAUUCUGAAGAAACUUGUGGCAAUAACAAUAAUAACAUGACAAAUACACCUCCAUAUUGUGUCAACUGUACAAAUCAAAUCAAACUUUAUACCAACAAAGCAACAUCAACAAUAAGCAUGAAUUCAGCUUCUACAAAGAUCAACAAGAUGUUGGAAAUAUUGGAAGAAACAAGACAACAUUAUCCAAAUGAAAAAACAAUUAUUUUUUCUCAAUUUAGUUCCAUGUUGGAUUUGAUGGAAAAACCUUUACAAGGCUUAGGCUUCAAGUUUUGUCGAUAUGAUGGAUCAAUGGCGAAUCAUGCUCGAGAGAAGAGUUUACAUGUUCUUAGAACAGAUCCAGAAUGUCGAGUGAUGUUGAUAUCAUUGAAAUGUGGAUCACUUGGGUUAAAUCUUACUGCUGCCAAUCGUGUUAUAUUGAUGGAUAUAUGGUGGAAUCCUGCUGUAGAAGAUCAAGCCAUUGAUAGAGUUCAUCGGAUUGGACAAAAAUUACCGGUGUAUGUUACUCGAUUAUUGAUUGAUAGAACCAUAGAACAAAAGAUCAUCAAAUUACAAGAACACAAGGCGAGAAUUGCUAAAGGUGCAUUGGGCGAUCAUAUGACUGGUACUAAUAAACUUACUACUCAAGAACUUUUGGCUUUAUUUGACCUUUGAUGUUACUAUAGUUUUUUUUUUCUAUUAUUAUAUUUAUAUACAAUAAAGAAAAACAAAAUAUUUUACUUCUA